UGCUGGGAGGUGCGGAAACGCAACAGCUCCGAGUGGUGCCGCUUCGUCCGGAGCAACCCCGACUGCCGGCUGGAUGGCGGCCUCGAUGGGGUCUUCUGCGUCUUCCCCCCCCGGCUGCUCCCCCUGGCCGUCCCCCUCUAUGCUCUCUGGCUCCUGUACCUGUUCAUCAUCCUUGGUGUGACGGCGGAGAAGUUCUUCUGCCCCAACUUAUCGGCCAUCUCCACCAACCUGAAGCUGUCUCACAAUGUGGCAGUCUUUUCCUUGACAUUCCCUCUCCAUGGUGUCACCUUCUUGGCCUUUGGCAAUGGGGCGCCGGAUGUCUUCAGCGCUGUGGUGGCCUUCUCUGACCCACGGACGGCGGGGCUGGCCAUCGGGGCCGUCUUUGGUGCCGGCGUGUUCGUGACAACGGUGGUGGCCGGGGGCAUCGCCCUGGUCAAGCCCUUCACAGCCGCCUCCAGACCCUUCCUCAGGGACGUCAUCUUCUACAUGGUGGCCGUCUUCCUCACCUUCAUGGUCCUCUACUUCGGCAAGAUCACGCUGGGAGAGGCUCUGGAGAUGCUGACGGACACUGAGGAGCGGGAGUCCUCGGGCACAAACAGCGGGGACUACGGUGCGUUGUACCCCAUGGGCUUGGGGCUGGCUCCGCUCUGUCCUCUGGGGUGGUUGCCUGUGGAGCUGGUGCUGCUGCUCACUGUUCCUGUGGUGGAUCCCGACAAGGACGACCAGAACUGGAAGAGACCCCUCAACUGCCUGCACAUCCUCACCAGCCCCCUGCUCUGCGUCCUCACCCUCAAGUCAGGCACCUAUGGGCUGUACCAGAUCCAGGGCAUCUUCCCAGUCUGGGGACUGAUCACACUGGUUGGCUCCAUCCUGGCCAUCAUCACCUUCAUCACCACAAGCAACGAGGAGCCGCCCAAGUACCACUGUGUAUUUGCCUUCCUGGGGUUUUUGGCCAGUGCCAUGUGGAUCAACGCUGCGGCUACGGAGCUGGUGAACAUCCUCCGGACCUUGGGUGUCAUCUUCCAGCUGAGCAACACCGUGCUGGGCUUGACGCUGCUGCCCUGGGGCAACAGCAUCGGUGACACCUUCUCUGACCUCACCAUGGCACGGCAGGGCUACCCCCGCAUGGCCUUCUCCGCCUGCUUUGGGGGCAUCAUCUUCAACAUCCUGGUCGGUGUGGGACUGGGCUGCCUGCUGCAGAUGACCAGCAGCCAGCUGGUGGUGAAGCUGGAGCCCGACAGCCUCCUGGUCUGGAUCCUCGCCGGGGCCCUGGGGCUGAGCUUGGUCUUCUCCUUCGUGUCGGUGCCAGCGCAGUGCUUCCAGCUGGGCAAGGCGUAUGGCGUCUGCCUCAUCCUCUACUACCUGGCCUUCCUCUGCGUGGCCCUGCUGACCGAGUUCAGGGUGAUUCGUCUCCCCACCGUCUGA